UUUAUAAUUCAACAAAGUUAUUCAAUGUUAAUAACAUGAUUUUCUUCUUUUUCCACGAUCCUUUUGGGCAAGUUACAUACUUUUCUCGCACUGAUUCCAUGUAUAUAAGCUGAUACUGUAGAUUUUGGUCUCUGUUCUUUAUCUAUAGAUUUUGGGCCUAGGCCCAAUAAAUUCGAGUUGGGUCCGAUCCAACCGAGCGUUUCGGUGGCAAUAAUCACUUUAGAUUGGGAUCAGACCCAAAUAGGCUCGAUCACAUAUUCCCAUUCCAGUGAUAAAAUUGGGUGUUCCAAGUAAAAACAAACCCGACCAAAUUGGCAACCACCCAAUCCGACGCAUACCGGCGAAGAUGGUCGGCGAAUUAGGGCACGAGCUCCGCGCCUCCCCGGCGAAGCGCCCCAAAACCCUAGAUACGCCGCACGGAUGCAGCGCCAAGGGCAAGGAGAAGAUGGAGGAGCCCGAUCCGGAUGCGGUGGAGGAGUCGUCCUCCGCCGCCUCCGCCGCCGCGCCCGGCGAUCUCUAUCCCGCAGCGGCGGAGGCGGCCGCGGAGGAGGAGGAGGAGGAGGAGUGCGGCAUCUGCCUCAGCGGCGGUGGGCGCUCGAUCCGCGGUCGCGUGGAUAGCUGCGACCAUUACUUUUGCUUCGUUUGCAUCAUGGAGUGGGCGAAGAUCGAGUCCCGGUGCCCCCUCUGCAAGCGCCGCUUCCAAUCAAUCCGUAGACCCCCGAUGCCCGGGGUCUUCCCUUCGGAGCGCGUCGUCGACGUCGCCGUUCGCGAUCAGGUUUACCAUCCACUCGGUAAUGAAAGUACAAGACUUGCCGACCCUUAUGCAAAUACAAGUUGCAGUCUAUGCCACUCUUCUUCUGAUGAAGAACUCUUGCUCCUCUGUGACCUAUGUGAUUCGGCCGCUCACACUUACUGUGUUGGUCUGGGUGCAACUGUACCUGAAGGUGACUGGUACUGUCCCGACUGUGCUGUUUCUAGGAACGAGCACUCAAAAAACCAAUUUGAUGAUGAAUCUUACAACCGAGAAAAAGAAUCCACUUGUCAAAUCAGGGCGUAUGUUCCAUCUAUUUCUAUUUUUGAUAUUGUAGCUGAUGAAGACACUUCUGAUUCAUCAAGCAGAUACACAGGUAGGCAAAUCCUUGAAACUCAGAGGUAUGAUAGGGAAUCACCAUCUAAAAGUACUUCUCAGAUAAAUAAAGUUGAGAUAGGGGCUAGAACCCUGCAAAAUUGUCGCAAUUUGCAUGAGCGUAUACGAACACUACGUGAGAACUGGAAUGCCCUACGUGAAGGCUCAUUAGAGUUCUCGUCAAAUUUCAUCGAUAGUUCCAUUGUUUCUGAAAGAGGAAAAGUUAGUGGCAGAACCACGGCUGGUGUUAUUAAACAACAGGACUCCUUGUUGGCUAUUGAUGAGGAAGUGAUAAAUUCUGGUGUUUCUAGCAAGAAAGCCAAAUGUGCUGGGUCUCGAGAUGUUAACAAAGCAUGGAAAAUGAUGGAAAUUGCAAAAUCCAUCAAUGGAAAAAAGUUACCUACUAAAUCUGAUAACCAUCUGAGCUCCUCUAGUACUAAAAGUUUCUUCAGGGAAGCGGAGAUCUGCUCUGGUUCAUCUCUUGUGGAGAGUAAAACUGCAAAUAAUUUGGUUGUUAAGAUGGGAAGAUCCAGGAAUAAUGGUUCCUCUCUUGAAUUGGUUCACCAGAAAUAUGAGCACUAUGAUCAUGGUAAGCAAACAUGGGAUAUGCAUGCAACAAACGAAGCACACUACUUUAAUUUUUCACCCACAAAAGCUCAUCUAUCACUUUAUACUGAAGAAUCUUCUCUAAUGAGGGAUAAGUUCUCCUUCUGUGACUUGGAAUCUUACAGCCAAAAAAAGGUGAACGAUACAACUUUUCAUGAUAGUUCUAUUGGUUGCUCUAGAAACAAUAAUGCUACGGGAGAUGUUGGACCACUUGAUAAGCUGGAAAAUCAUAUUCUGGCCAAAGAUCGACCAGUGGGCAAUGCGAAGCUUGAGGCGAGAACCCGUAUUGAUGAUAGAUUGCCGAGAAAAGUUGGUUCCACCAUGAAUGACACUGCUAAGGGUGAGAUCCAGUCACUGGUAAAACUCAACUUGAAGUUGCUCAACAAAGAUAAGCGAUUAGGUGCGGACAGUUUUAGGGAAGUUGCUAGGAUUGCAACUCACACCAUCCUAGCUGCAUGCGGACUGGAACAUUCAAGAUCAAGCGCUCGCCCGUUCUCCAGAUCGGUAUGCAAGCACAGCGAAAAAGUUAAGCAGCUUCGUAAGUGUAAUUUGAUGCCUAGUUCUUGUAGAGAAUGCUUUUACACCUUUGUACAAGAGGUGGUGAAAUCUGUAUUAUCAGAAAAUUGCUUGGAUCGAACAAAUGCAGAUCGACUUUAUUGAAUUUUCUUAUUUCAAUGUAUAUCAAUUUAUAUGCUGUAAAUUCUUUGUGCAUGGAACAUGCCUUAUUGUUGUACAAUAAUUCCUCCUUUUAGCAGUUCCCCCCUCUAAAUGUUGUCAAUAUUGAUGGAAGAUGAAACAUCCUGAUAUUCUGAAAAGAAAACUGUUACAAGCUCCCCA